UAUACCCACCAGCCAUUUUCACCCCGGCUCUUCUUCACUACCUCUCAUUCUCUCUCUCUCUCUCUGCGAAUUCCCAACCCACCGUUGAAUGUACGACUCCCACUGAACCAGCCCCACCGGAGCCACCCUAUCUUGACCUAGCCCGUCACCCCAGACAUCCCUCCCACCCAGACCAGCCCCCGCCGUCGUGAUCCAUCACCGGCAACGUUGAUGGGUCGGUCCGUGAUCCAGACUCUCACGUUCUGGCUCUCGGAGCACCCAUCAAUCGUCGGGUUCCGGUGGUCUCACGCCAACUCCUGGGGCUCCACAUGGUCCUUCCUCUUCACCGCCAUCGCCCUUUACCUAACUAUCUCCGUCCUCCUUCACCUCCUCCUCGCCCUCCUCCGCCGCAAGGGUCGACCCGUCCCUCUCGGACCUAUCCCCGCCCUCCACUCCCUCUUCAUGACCCUCCUCUCCUUCACCAUCUUCGCCGGCAUCACACUCUCCUCCGCCGCCGAAAUCAAAGAAACCAAAUGGUUCUGGCGGCGCUCCAAAACCCCCUUCCAGUGGCUCCUCUGCUUCCCCCUCGGGACCCGCCCCUCGGGUCGGGUCUUCUUCUGGUCCUACAUCUACUACCUUUCCCGCUUCUUCCACAUGAUCCGCACAUUCUUCACCAUCCUCCGCCGCGGCAGAUUAGUCCCCUUCCAGCUCUUCAACCACUCCAUCCUCACCUUCAUCUCCUUCAUGUGGCUAGAAUUCUCGCAGUCUUUCCAAGUGCUUGCCAUACUUUCGACCACGUUGGUGUAUUCUGUUGUUUAUGCUUAUCGGUUCUGGGUCGCAAUCGGGCUGCCGCGGGCCGGCUUCGCGUUCGUGGUGAACUGCCAGAUGCUGCUGCUGGGCUGCAAUGUGGCCUGCCACGUUGGGGUUCUGCUGAUGCAUUUCAUGAAAGGCGGCUGUAAUGGAAUCGGGGCUUGGGGUUUCAAUUCGGUGCUGAAUGCGGUGAUUCUGUUGCUGUUCUUGAACUUCUACGUGAAGAUACAUUGGGGUUAUGGGAGGAGGGUCGCGUUGGCUGCGGUGGAGGAGGCCAAGGCGGAGGCGGCGGCGGAGGAGGAGGAGUUGGUUAGAGUCAAGGACAAAUAGCUUUGAGGGAAGGGGGGUUUUACUGUUUAUGAUGUAAGUAAUAUCAGUGGGUAAAAAAAGUUUUGGGGGGGAUGGGGUGUCAAAGACUCAAAGUUUUGUUUUUGUAUAAGGUCUUUGAGUUUUAUACAUGGGUCUAGAAGGGUGGUGAGGUUGAGUUGAGUUGAGUUACAUGUCUCGGAAGGUAGAAUUUUGUUAAUGGUUAUGGAUGUCGCAUGUGAUUCAGGAGUAAAAAUCUUGGUGGGAAUUCGAAUCAAAUUGUUCAAUUUUUUUUUUUUUUCCUGGGUUUGAGCAGUGCUGAGAGUAGUAGUGUGUGUUCUUAGCUAUACCUGUUCUUUUUUUUUUUUAUUAGUUUUUACUGUGUGCUAAUAGAGGGACUGUAAAUAGAGUGCUGCUCAUGUUGUGUAUGUAAUAUGAUCAUAGUCCUAGGUUGUGAGAUGAAUCUUUUCUGUGA